GUCAGAAUGUGUGAGAAAACGCGGAACGACCCACGAUACGUUUGAUCGAUACCGUCGUUCGGAAAUCUCAGUGAAUAACACCACAACCAAAAACCAAUUUCCUUAAUUACUUCCUGCCCAACAACAACAAUGAAUAAUCAAACAGUAUGCGAGAAAACGGCACCACUAAGCGCCAAAUCGAAGAGUGCACCGAAACUGAAUCCAGACGCUUCGCAAAUCACCAUCAAGGAGUUCCUCACUGUGUUAACGGCUGCCUAUCAGGUGCACGAAAGCGUGGAAGGCGUGCUGAUGGAAGGCGGCAAGACCGAAGCUUUGAACUGGCUGAGGAUGAAGGAAAACGGUGGUAAGAACACCUACUGCCAAACAUCCAAAACAAAUUUACCAUCUGAAGAAGAAACCAACCCGGAAAUCGACGUGGACAAACCAACAACAGAUAAUAGCAACACAGAGGUAAGAAAAAGCAAGUCUGUGAACUUUGACAUUGAGCCAGUGAAGAACAAGCUGCACGUGGUUCUUUCCGAAGGUCUUCUAGACUCAGUGUUGCCUUACUUGGUCGAGAACACACCCCAGAGGAAACCAAAAAAUGUUUCAGGAGUUUCAUCCAGCAGUUCGUUGCCCAGCUUCACCAUUUCGGACAAACCCUUAGAGAAAACCAAGAGGAAGUCGGUUGAGUCACUGACUAAGACUUGCUCUGAUGUUGAAAUACACGUGUGUGACGAGGUCAAGAACCAGAAGAAAACGUUCUUGUGCAACAAGUUGCUGUUGACCUCUAAAAUGGGCUACUUUGCCCACAUAACUACAGAUCAACGUUUGGAGGACAUGGACAUAUCAGUGCACUGCGACAUAGGAAUAUUCGAAUGGUUGAUGCAGUGGGUAAAGAGGGACCAAUUGUUAGAAGCUGAUUGGCCUACGUUAGACCCUCACUGCGUCAUCCCCAUUUUAGUGUCAGCCUCGUUCCUACAAAUGGAACCGUUGCUGCACGACUGCCUUCUCUACUGCCACGAACACCUGAACGACAUACUCAAAACCUCCUCCAACUUGUCGUGCCUGAACGACUCAGUUGUUGGUCGAUUGGCUGCAAUGUACACAAACUCCGAAGUAGAAAUGAUCAAAGACAAAAAGGAUAAGAUACAGUCGAAGAUUUAUACGAAGCUAAUCGUGUCCCUGUGUGAGCCGGAACCUGAAAUCGUCCGAGGUCACUGGUACUCAUUGGCAAAGAUCUACAAGUGCGCCAAGUGCCAUCAGCUGAUCUAUCCGGACUUCGCCACUCAAAUCCCCUGCAGUCCCGAAUGCAUGAGGCUACAGUGGAACGGGAACAUCACCAGCCUUCACGUCCGUGACCCCAACUGGAACUUAAACGACUACAUUAAGGUGUUGUUUAAAAUCCUGAAGACUUGGAGACGCGUUUACUGGAGACUGUGGGCCAACACUCACUUCCUCUACUGUUUGAUAUGCAAGCGGUACUUCCCGAUGAACCAGAUGGGCUGGUGCAUCUAUCACCCGGACCCAGCUCAGUUCUUCACGCUGGAUGCCCAAAAGGCUCCGUUGCCAGUCGGACGUUAUCCUUGUUGCGGUGAAAGAGCCUACAGGUUUGAUCUGUUGCCCAACUUCUCCGGCUGCCAGUUCCGCAACCACGUGCCCUGCACGCAAGACGUCAAGGACGCGGGCGUGAUGGGCAUGCUGGAACGUUUCGACCACCUCAUCGAGCAGGAGCCGCCCAAGCUUCUCUUCCCCGAAAAGAUCACACGUCUGGCAACCGCUAAAGAUCCAGCCUCGCCGACGGACAAGUCGUCGAAACCGCCGUCGGUGAAGGACGCCUUCUGGUGGGACGGCUUCGAAAUAGUGCCGCCCCGACCGCGACUAGGGUUGGUUAGCAAGUUCGCCGCCAGAUCGAACCAGAACCAAACCACCACACAGCUCUACCUCCAACCUGUACAAACGUCGGCGCCGCAGUCCGAGGACACGAGCAGCGACGAGGACAGCUCCGAGAACGAGUCGUGCAGCUCCAGCACCAGUUCGGAACGCACGGAGGGCAGCGGGGAAAGCAACCCGCCCACCAAGGUGGGGCUGAUGAAGAACCAGGAGGUGCCGGGCAAGUUCCAGCCAAUUAGAUCGCCUAGAUUUAAGCCUGCGACGCAGCCCAGGAGGCGGCUGAAGAAGAAGGCCGGCACUUCGAAGGUGUGGCAGCACAACGUGUCCGCAAGGACGAACCAGGACAACCAGCGUUCGUACGAGGAGACGGCGGCCAAGGAGAUGGCGACGAUUUUGGAGAAACGCACCACCAACAUGUCGGAUGUCGUUGUUAAGAUUUCGAAAGCCGGUUACAAAUCCAUGAACUCUCCAGGAGGACUUUGGGUGAAAUUGGAGGGAGAAUGGAAGGAGACACUUUGUAGCAAGUCGGUCAAUUUGAAGAACAUAUUUGCGCAGAAGUUACGCUCCCGCAAAUUACCUCACCCUCAAUUGUGAAUGUUAAUAAAACUGUUGUAAACA